AUGUUAACUUUCAAGGUGGCUCAGGCUUGUCAGCACGCUCUCAGCCAGGCCGCAGACCUAGAAGAGCAGAGGGGAGCAAAGUGCGAGGGAAAAGGGAGCCGGUUACAAGAACGCAGACAAGAAGACCAAACGAGAUUCGAGCUCCGGAACAGACAAUUGGAGGAAGAAUCUGGUCAACGACGCAGGCAGAAAAGGCAGGAGGAGGAGGAGUUCGCUGAAGAGGCGACAGAGAGGCAAGAGACGCGCGAGCAGCGCUAUAGGCAGCCUCGCGACGAGGAGCAGCUGCUGCAAAGACGAGAAUGGCAAGAGCGGGAAGAUCCGCGCCUUGAGGCGGAACAGUUGCAGAGGCGCCAGCGUCGAGAGGAGUUUCUUGAGGAAGAGGAAGAGCAACAACAAAGGCGAGAGAGGCAGGAGCAGCGGGAGCUACAGCGCGGUGCGGAGGCGCAGCAGUGGCAAAGGCGAGAGCGGCGAGAACGCCGGGAAGAAGAGCAACUGCAAAGGCUGGGGCGCCAGGAGCUGAAGAGCGAGCGCCGGGAGGAAGAAGAGCAGCUGCAAACGCGGGAGCGUCAAGAGCUGAAGAGGGAGCGCCAGGAGGAAAAGCUGUCGCUGCAAAGGCAGAGACGCGGGCGCCAGGAGCCCCGCUACGAGCAGGAGAGACGCCGAGAACAGGUACUGGCUGAAGAGGAGCAGAAACAGGCCCGCGAGCAGGACCAGAGCCGCGCCGCGAGGUGGCAGUGGCAACUAGAAAGCGAGUCCGACGCACGUCAGAGCAAAGUCUACUCCAGGCCUGGCAGGCAAGGAGAGCAGAGGCGCCGCCUAGGGCAGGAGGAGGAAACGAGGCAGCGCAAGGAUAGAGAGCAGCAAUUGCGGGAGGAGCGGGAGGAGCGGGAAUGGCAGCUGGAGGAAGAGAGCGAGAGGCGCCGCCAGAAACUGUCGGCCAGGCCCUCCUUGCGGAAGCAGCAAGAAAGGCAGCUGAGAGCGGAGGAAAGCCAAGAGGAGGAACAAAGUUUCGGUGUGGAGGAGCAGCAGCGCCGCCAGCGGCGCGAGAGGGAGCUGGAGCGGCAGUUCCUCCAAGAGGAAGACAGCCUCCAAGAGGAGCGGGAGAGGAGGCGACGUCAGGAGAAGCAACGCCGCGACCAAAAAUGGAGGUGGCAACUAGAAGAAGAAAGCCAGAAGCGCCGCCCCAUGCUGUACGCCAGACCGGACCAGCGGGAGCAGCUGCAGCGCGAGGAGCAGCUCCAGAAGCAGGUGCAGAGGGAGAAAAGGCGCCAGGAGCGGGAGAGACUAUACCGGGAGGAAGAGGAGCUGCAACAGGAGGAAGAGCACCUGCAGAGGGAAAGAAGGCGCCAGGAGCGCGACAGACUGUUCCAUGAGGAACAGCUGCGCCAAGAACAGGAGGAGCGCGACCGACAGUUCCGCGAGGAGGAACAGCUGCGACAGGAACGCAAGGAGCAGCAGCUGCGCCGCCAGGAGCGCGACCGACAGUUCCGCGAGGAGGAACAGCUGCGACAAAAACGCGAGGAGCAGCAGCUGGGCCGCCAGGAGCGCGACAGACAGUUCCGCGAGGAGCAGCAGCAGCGCCGCCAAGAGCGCGAGCAACAACUUUGCCAAGAGGGAGACAGGAAGUUCCGUGAAGAACCGCGCCAGGAACAAGAGGAAGCACAGCUGCGCCGCCAGGAGCGCGACCGACAGUUCCGCGAGGAGGAACAACUGCGCCAGAAACGCGAGGAGCAGCAGCUGGGCCGUCAGGAGCUCGACAGACAGUUCCGCGAGGAGGAACAGCUGCGACAGGAACGCGAGGAGCAGCAGCUGCGCCGCCAGGAGCGCGACCGACAGUUCCGCCAGGAGGAACAGCUGCGACAGGAACGCGAGGAGCAGCAGCUGCGCCGCCAGGAGCAGGAAGCACAGCUGCGCCGCCAGGUGCGCGACAGAAACUUCCGCGAGGAGGAACAGCUGCGACAGGAACACGAGGAGCAGCAGCUGCGCCGCCAGGAGCGCGACCGACAGUUCCGCGAGGAACAGCUGCGCCAAGAACGCAAGGAGCAGCAGCUGGACCGCCAGGAACGCGACAGACAGUUCCGCGAGGAGGAACAACUGCGACAGGAACGCGAGGAGCAGCAGCUGAGCCGCCAGGAGCGCGACCGACAGUUCCGCGAGGAGGAACAGCUGCGACAGGAACGCGAGCAGCAGCAGCGCCGCCAAGAGCGCGAGCAACAACUUCGCGAAGAGGGAGACAGGAAGUUCCGUGAAGAACCGCGCCAGGAACAAGAGGAAGCACAGCUGCGCCGCCAGGAGCGCGACCGACAGUUCCGCGAGGAGGAACAACUGCGACAGGAACGCGAGGAGCAGCAGCUGCGCCGCCAGGAGCUCGACAGACAGUUCCGCGAGGAGGAACAGCUGCGACAGAAACGCGAGCAGCAGCAGCGCCGCCAAGAGCGCGAGCAACAACUUCGCCAAGAGGGAGACAGGAAAUUCCGUGAAGAACCGCGCCAGGAACAAGAGGAAGCACAGCUGCGCCGCCAGGAGCGCGACAGAAACUUCCGCGAGGAGGAACAGCUGCGACAGGAACACGAGGAGCAGCAGCUGCGCCGCCAGGAGCGCGACCGACAGUUCCGCGAGGAACAGCUGCGCCAAGAACGCAAGGAGCAGCAGCUGGACCGCCAGGAACGCGACAGACAGUUCCGCGAGGAGGAACAACUGCGACAGGAACGCGAAGAGCAGCAGCUGAGCCGCCAGGAGCGCGACCGACAGUUCCGCGAGGAGGAACAACUGCGACAGGAACGCGAGCAGCAGCAGCGCCGCCAAGAGCGCGAGCAACAACUUCGCCAAGAGGGAGACAGGAAGUUCCGUGGAGAACCGCGCCAGGAACAAGAAGAAGCACAGCUGCGCCGCCAGGAGCGCGACCGACAGUUCCGCGAGGAGGAACAACUGCGACAGGAACGCGAGGAGCAGCAGCUGCGCCGCCAGGAGCUCGACAGACAGUUCCGCGAGGAGGAACAGCUGCGACAGAAACGCGAGCAGCAGCAGCGCCGCCAAGAGCGCGAGCAACAACUUCGCCAAGAGGGAGACAGGAAAUUCCGUGAAGAACCGCGCCAGGAACAAGAGGAAGCACAGCUGCGCCGCCAGGAGCGCGACAGAAACUUCCGCGAGGAGGAACAGCUGCGACAGGAACACGAGGAGCAGCAGCUGCGCCGCCAGGAGCGCGACCGACAGUUCCGCGAGGAACAGCUGCGCCAAGAACGCAAGGAGCAGCAGCUGGACCGCCAGGAACGCGACAGACAGUUCCGCGAGGAGGAACAACUGCGACAGGAACGCGAAGAGCAGCAGCUGAGCCGCCAGGAGCGCGACCGACAGUUCCGCGAGGAGGAACAACUGCGACAGGAACGCGAGCAGCAGCAGCGCCGCCAAGAGCGCGAGCAACAACUUCGCCAAGAGGGAGACAGGAAGUUCCGUGGAGAACCGCGCCAGGAACAAGAAGAAGCACAGCUGCGCCGCCAGGAGCGCGACCGACAGUUCCGCGAAGACGAACAACUGCGACAGGAGCGCGAGGAGCAGCAGCUGCGCCGCCAGGAGCGCGACCGACAGUUCCGCGAGGAGGAACAACUGCGACAGGAACGCGAGGAGCAGCAGCUGCGCCGCCAGGAGCGCGACAGACAGUUCCGCGAGGAGGAACAGCUGCGACAGGAACGCGAGCAGCAGCAGCGCCGCCAAGAGCGCGAGCAACAACUUCGCGAAGAGGGAGACAGGAAGUUCCGUGAAGAACCGCGCCAGGAACAAGAAGCACAGCUGCGCCGCCAGGAGCGCGACCGACAGUUCCGCGAGGAGGAACAGCUGCGACAGGAGCGCGAGGUGCAGCGGGUGCGCCGCCAGGAGCGCGAGCAACUUCGCCAAGAGGGAGACAGGAAGUUCCGUGAAGAACUGCGCCAGGAACAAGAAGAAGCACAGCUGCGCCGCCAGGAGCGCGACAGACACUUCCGCGAGGAGGAACAGCUGCGACAGGAACGCGAGGAGCAGCAGCUGCGCCGCCAGGAGCGCGAACAGCUUCGCCAAGAGCGCGACAGAACUUUCCGUGAGGAAGAGCAGUUGCGCCGCCAGGAGCGUGACAGAAAGUUCCGCGACGAGGAACAGCAGCUGCGAAGGGAACGGGAGGAGCGGCAGCUGCGCCGCCAGGAACUGGAUGGUGCCUUCUCCCAGGAGGAACAGCUGAGUCGCGCAGAGCAAGAGGAAGAACAGAGGCAUCGGCGACAAAGAGACGGGAAGUUCCUAGAAGACAAGCAGAGCCUGGAACAAGAACGAGAGGGAGAAAAGCGACGACUCCGGGAGCAGGACAGGCAAUUCCGCCAGGACGACCAGCUGCAGCGUGAGGAGCAGAAAGAGCCAAGGCGCCAGCAGGAGAGAGACAGGCGGUACCCGGCUGAGGAGCAGUUUGCCAGGGAGGAGAAGAGGCGUCUUCAGGAACCAGAACUGCGGCAAGAAGAGCGGAGAAGAUUCUGGGAGGAAGAACAGCUCCGCCGCCAGCAGGAGGAGGAGCAGAGGCGCCGCCAAGUCCGGGAGAGACUAUCCCAGGAAGAAGACGAGGGCCGUCGGCAAGUUCUAGAGUUCAGCACGCGUCAGUUCGCCAAUGCUCCGGUGCGCUCCAGCCCUCUCUAUGAGUACAUCCGAGAGCAGAGUUCUCAAUACCGCCCCUAAGAAUUGCUGCCAAUAUCCUGACCACUGCUAAAGCUUCAAGCAAAUGAAAAUGAGAAACGCUGGGUACCAAGGGAUGACUCAAAUGUUUCUGCUUGUGGGAAACUCUCUGAUGUUAGAAUGUAUCUUUUCUUCCAAAAUCUUAGAUUACACUCAUUUCAUGUAUUUUGUACUCCUGCCUUUUAUUCUUUCCUAAGUAGUUCUUCACUGAGGGAUGUCUUUGCUCUUUGGUGCAGAUGUGGUGUGCAUUUUUAAAAACAUAAAUCAUUUGAUUUAUUUGAAGAGUUUUGUUUGGGGAGUACUUAAUUUGUUGCUUUCAAAAGUAACAUAAGAAUAACGACAAUUUGAGAGUCACAAGAUUUAGGUCUAUUUUUUUAAUGGUUGAUCCAUCUUGUGGAGACUUCAAAUUUAAAAAUUAUACUUUUAAUGUUCAAGUUGAUAUUUCUUCCUGGGUCUAAUUUUUUUUUAGUGCUUUGUGGCAUUAUUAGCACAGAUUCUGUGAAGUGACGGAAGUUUUACAACAACCCAUAAAUUAGUGCAAUGGGAGUGACUUCUGCAGAAAAACUCCCUGUGAAAUCAGCCAAUAACUGGAAGAAAUUAUGUGUUAAGAAUAAGAUUUAACUUGAAGACUUAGAAUUCAAAUUAGAUUUUUUAAUUUUACAUUUAACUCCAUAAACAUUUAAAAUCGUAUGAAGCAAACGCAAGAUAUUUCUCAGACAUCUCCAGAGCUCAAAUUUUUUAACUAUGUCUGCUAUCGUCUGUAGAGCUCAGUUCUCUUCCCCUAAUCUUUCUUUAAUGGGUUUGAGAAUAUUACUACCUUUGUUAAUUUUACCUGAGAGGGGACCUGCUCAGGAUCCUAUAAACAUCUACCUUGCUUUAGGCCCAUUAAGAGAUCACGGAGAGCAUAUUGGGGGAGGGAAAAGGGAAAAUGCAUGAACAGAGGGGCAAGUUCUUAGAGGCCCUUUGACAAGACCCAUCAGCCCAUAAUCCUUUGAUUCUACCUUGAAGACAUUCUUGUUGUGAUAACUGGACUGUGUGAAAAAAUAAUAAUAAAUGAAUGGCAAACAAUUUCUUUUGUCUGUUUUAAUUAUGUGUCAAAUCAUAACUCAAGAUCUAAUGGUCUGGAAACUGACAA